CAUCUCAAGACCAUCAUUGCUUUGUCCAUAGUCGGCUUGAAGUUGAGCGCAGUGUCCUUGAGGGAAAAGUGGUUGUCGUGUGAUUUGACACGAGGCCUGAGUAGUGGCUAAAUUGCUUCAACUUGGGUUAUUGUUGCACGGGGAAGAUUACCCUGUACCUUGUGAAACCUUCCACCAUUGAGGGCACCAACACCGGCAGUUCUUCUCAAGGGUUUGUUCGCAUGGUUCAGCAGCAUUGGGCUCAGUAUGGCGGCGGGGUUGCCUUCCUGGUCGCCCUGUUGGGCGGCCCGGUCGCCCUGCACACCACCGAAGCGCUUCGGUCGUCCUGAUGUCCUCGCGAGCCAGGCCAUGACACCUGCACCAAGUUCGCCCCAUGCGAUUCCGGCAGGAGUCCACGUUGUAUCCAGCCGAAAGGAGGCCCGUCAGAGCGAUACCCGGAAAAGUCAGCCAAAGCCGUCUUGGUCUGAUGCGCAGAUGAGGUUAUCAGGCGGUCAGAGACGCAGAUGGGAAGGUGGUUUGACACAGCAGGAGAUCGACCAACACACAGCAGGAGAGGCGUCGACGUCCGCUUCAUCCACCUCAGAGGCGAGCAGAGUGCGUGCUUGAUGAUGAGGCCGUCAAGGGGCUACAAGCAGAAAAUGAAAGCUUGUGGCAGCUUGCGGAGAGGCUGCAGAUGCAAUUGGCAGCCGUAGAGGACUGCCUUGUAUUGGUGUUACCAGUUCCACCAUCCAUUGCACCAGCAUUCUGACGAAUCUAUACAGUGUGCUUGUAUUUUGAGACACGCAAGCAGAAGCCAACCCACUCACAGUUUGUCAAGUCAUCUACAAAGCCAUCGACCUGACCUCCGCAGUUAGUUCUGAGCCUCCAAGUCUCCGGCCUCAGUUUCACUUCGUGCUAGCGACAAGGCAAAAUCAUAGUGGCCUGGUUUGCCAACAAGUACCGAUUUCGGUGACAUCUCGCCACAGACCAUGCGAAAAAACACGCAAGUACACCAGUUCUUCCAGGAGAGUGCAGGAGCAUUGACGUAAAACAAUCCCGUGUGUUUCCCAUUGACGUAGAAAGGAACAAAGGCAUUUUGCUCUACCAGAAUCCUUGAAGGAAAGUCAGCGCCGUUAUCAAUGCGCCGCUGAAGAACUUCUGAGAGGCAAAGCAUUGGACCGAGGAAAAGUCAACCCAAUCGGUUUUGCCUUCUGAGGCGCAUGGGAGGAAGAUGCGGAAGAGGACCAGGAGAUUCAAGUUUUUUGCCAAGAAAUACCUUGCGGUUGCUUCAGUCAGGCACCGACGUGAUGUCUCCACAUCUCUCUCUCUCUCUCUGCGUAUUUCCAUUUUUGUGGAAGGAUGAGUUGCUUCAAGUGCUUCAAGGCCAAGUUCUUAUCGGACUUGGAAUGGCACCUGUUCGCUUCAACAUCCACAACAUCCAAGCUCUUGACGACCCUACCCGCCGAACUCUCACGCUUCCCUGAACUCCCAGGCCGGCAUCCCUCUACCUACGCUGAAGGGCUGGCAUAGUCUGGGAGCAGCUUUAUCGCCCAGCACAUUCACGCUCACAAGACUCAUUCCAAAAAAACAUGGUCAACAGGGGGUUCUGGU